GCAGGGCGCGCCCCCUUGGCGGGGCUCGGGAACCAAUCCCAGGAAGGGAGGCGCGGCCGUGCCCCCUCCCCACUCGCUCGACCCCACCCACGAGGCACCUUCUGCUGCGGAGGGAAGCAAGCUGCAGAGGGUCACUGGUUCUGACGGACGAUGAGGUUUUGGCUGAGAAAUGAAGAGAUGGCUCUGGAAGAGAUGGUGCAGAGGCUAAAUGCGGUUUGCAGGCGCACUGAUGAAAUCAUGCACCGGGACAUCACCCCACUCUGCGCCGUGGACAUCCAGGACCAGCUGAAGAAGCGCUUUGCAUAUCUGUCUGGUGGGCGCGGGCAGGACGGCAGCCCCGUCAUCACCUUCCCAGACUACCCGGCCUUCAGCGACGUCCCCGACAAGGAGUUCCAGAAUGUCAUGACCUACCUCACCAGCAUCCCCAGCUUACAAGAUGCUGGCAUUGGAUUCAUCCUGGUCAUAGACCGAAGGCAGGACAAAUGGACCUCGGUGAAGGCAUCAAUCCUGCGAAUAGCAGGCUGUUUACCCUUUAGUUCUCCAACAACCCAGACACCUCGACCUUCCUUGGUACCCAUGCCCGCAGCCAGGGACCCCCGCGGCCACCUUUCAUGCGCAGAAGGGCAGCUGCUCUGCGGAUCCUGUGUGGCUGUUUUUAGAUGUGUCCCUCUGCCCUGUUUCCUGAGAGGGACCUGGCUCCUCUCUCCUCCCUCCCUUCCUGCUUUGGGCCGUGCCUCCAUAGCUGACAUGGGCCCGGGCCUUCCUGCCCCUCCUGUGUUUCAGGUCAAAGCCUCCUUGGACACACUGGCUCAGAAGAUAGCAACCUUCACCGAUGUGGGCAACAGCCUGGCGCACGCAGAGCACCUCCUGAAGGACCUCACCAGCUUUGAGGAGAAGUCGAGCGCCUCUGUGGAGCGGGCCCGCGCCCUGGCACUGGAGGGCGAGAAGCUCAUUGACAGCAAGCACUACGCUGUGGACUCCAUCCGCCCCAAGUGCCACGAGCUCCAGCACCUCUGUGAGAGGUCCGCGGCCGAGGUGGAGAGGCGGAGGGGGCUGCUCAGCAAGUCCCUGGAGCUGCACAGCCUCCUGGAAGCAUCCAUGAGGUGGUGUGAUGAGGGGAUCUACCUGCUAGCCUCGCAGCCUGUGGACAAGUGCCAGUCCCAGGACGGCGCGGAGGCGGCCCUGCAGGAAAUCGAGAAAUUCCUGGAGACCGGUGCAGAAAAUAAGAUCCAGGAGCUCAAUAAAAUUUACCAGGACUAUGAGUCCAUCCUCACCAAAGACCUGAUGGAGCACGUGCAGAAAGUCUUCCAGAAGCAAGAGGGCAUGGAGGAGAUGUUCCACCGGAGACAGGCAAGCCUGAAGAAGCUGGCAGCCAAGCAGACGCGGCCCGUGCAGCCCGUGGCCCCCCGGCCAGAGGCGCUCACAAAAUCGCCCUGCCCCUCCCCAGGCAGCCGGAGAGGCUCUGAGAACAGUUCUGAGGGCAGCGCGCUCCGGAGAGGGCCCUACAGGAGGGCCAAGAGCGAGAUGAGUGAGAGCCGGCAGGGCCGGAGCAGCUCCACGGGGGAUGAGGAGGAAAGCCUGGCCAUCUUGCGGAGGCAUGUGAUGAACGAGCUCUUGGACACGGAACGGGUCUACGUGGAGGAGCUGCUCUGUGUCCUGGAGGGCUAUGCUGCUGAGCUGGAUAACCCGCUCAUGGCGCACCUCGUGUCACCAGGCCUCCAAAACAAGAAGGACAUUCUCUUCGGAAACAUGGAAGAGAUUUACCACUUUCAUAACAGAAUAUUCCUGAGGGAGCUGGAAGACUACGCAGGCUGCCCAGAGCUGGUUGGAAGGUGUUUCCUGGAACGGAUGGAGGAGUUCCAGGUCUACGAGAAGUAUUGUCAGAACAAGCCGCGCUCCGAGAGCCUGUGGAGACAGUGUUCCGACUGCCCAUUCUUUCAGGAAUGUCAGAGGAAGCUGGACCACAAGCUGAGUCUGGACUCCUACCUGCUGAAACCGGUCCAGAGAAUCACCAAGUACCAACUGCUGCUCAAGGAGAUGCUAAAAUACAGCAAGAGCUGCGAGGGGGCCGAGGACCUGCAGGAGGCACUGAGCUCCAUCCUGGGCAUCCUCAAGGCUGUGAACGACUCCAUGCACCUGAUCGCCAUCACCGGCUACGACGGGAACCUGAGUGACCUGGGGAAGCUGCUGAUGCAGGGCUCCUUCAGCGUCUGGACGGACCACAAGAAGGGCCACACCAAGGUGAAGGACCUGGCCAGGUUCAAGCCCAUGCAGCGACACCUCUUCCUACAUGAGAAGGCUGUGCUCUUCUGCAAGAAGAGGGAGGAGAACGGGGAGGGAUACGAGAAGGCCCCUUCCUACAGCUACAAGCAGUCCCUGAACAUGGCGGCCGUCGGCAUAACAGAGAACGUGAAGGGCGACGUGAGGAAGUUUGAGAUCUGGUACAACGCCAGGGAGGAGGUGUACAUCAUACAGGCACCGAGCCCUGAAAUCAAAGCUGCGUGGGUGAGUGAGAUCCGAAAGGUGCUGACCAGCCAGCUGCAAGCCUGCCGAGAAGCCAGCCAGCACAGAGCGCUCGAGCAGUCCCAGAGCCUGCCUCUGCCCGCGCCGCCCAGCACCAGUCCCUCGAAAGGGAGCACGAGGAACAUCAAGAAGUUGGAAGAAAGGAAAACUGACCCCCUGAGCCUGGAAGGAUACGUGAGCCCCACGUCGUUGCCGAAGCCCCCCGAGAAGGGCAGAGAUGACACGGUCACUAGCUCUACCUCAGAAAGCUCCGCGCUUUCCAGAAAGCGCUUUACUCUGCAGGGCUUUGCUAACCUCAAAGGUCAGAAAGCUUCUCCUACCAGCCCUGACAAAAAAGCUAAGCGACACGAAGUAAAGAGCGACCCAACGCCUUUUGGUUUACGAGGCUGGAGCAAAACGUCUCAGCCCUUGGAGGCCCCUGAGGACAACGACGGCUGGUCCAGUGCCGAAGAGCUGAUUAAUUCCUCAGACGCAGAGGAGGAAGGCAGAGUGGGCCCCAGGAAGCUGGUCCCGGGAAAGUACACGGUUGUGACGGGCGACGAGAAGGAAAGCCCCGACGCGCUUGCCGUGAGAAGUGGGGACGUGGUGGAGGUGGUCCACGAGGGCGACGAGGGCCUUUGGUACGUCAGGAACCUGACCUCCAGCAAGGAGAGCUGGGUGCCGGCCAGCAGUCUGUCCACGCUCCUCAGCACGUCCGGCUCGGCUCAGUGCCUGAGCAGCUCAGAGUCCAGUGCGGGGUCUGCCCUGCUGAGCACCUCCUCCAGCUGCAGCGAGAGCUGUGGGGCCCCCCUCUCAGACCUCCAGGGGUAGCGCCGGGCCCCGCAGGAGGCCGUGCGGCCUGCGAGCCUCUAAGUUUUCCUUUGCUUGGGCUUGCUUAGUUUGGUGAGGGGACGGUGCUCUAAGAGCCUGGGGAAGGAGGACCCGGACAAGACCCCAACGAGGAGCCGCCUGCCGCCCACGGAACCUCAAGGUGCAGACGCAGGGGCCCGCAGAGGGAAGGUUCUGGAAGAUUCUGCCCUGCGGCCUCCACGCCAGGACCACCCCCGAUGAGGGUGCAGAAGCCAGUUGCACGAAGACCGAGGUACACUGAGCUUUCCGGGAAAACCAGGAUGGACCGAGGGCACCAGGCCGCCGCGAGGAGCCCGUCCCAGCUGCUCUGCGUGGUUCCGGGCAUUUCUGGUCUGGUGCUUCCUGCAGGAAUAGGCAUGUCGUGGGAGUGACGAGUCCACUGACCCAGCAGCUUGGUGGGGGGACUGUUUUGUCUUUUACAAGUUUUUUUUAAAGCAGGGAUUAAUUCCAUGGCCAUUUUUUGUGGUACUCUGGCCGCUAAUCUUUACCAAGAAUCACUGUGUUUACAUGAAAUGACAAUUUGAUACUGUAUUUGAUACAAAACUAUUUUCUGUUACUGGGGUUUACAUGACAGCACGUUGUUUAUACUGCUGGGAGAUUUGGGGGCUCUCGUGGGGACGGAAGCCCUCGCCAAGGCCCGCCUGGCCACAGGCGGGUGAACACACGUCCCCCGAUAAAAUCCAGCAGCGUUUCUACAAACAGAGGCAGUGGAAACCAAGGAGAGUCCCUUAUCUGUGUAGGUUAAUUUUCAAAAGAAAAUUUAAACUAUAAUUUAAAAUAUUUAGCUUCUUUUCUACAAAAAAAAAUGGAACUUGAUUUUUUUACCUAGCUUCACUGAAUUAGGAUUUUUUAUUGUUUUUAAAGAAUAAGUAAAGAUGCGGUUUUUGUGGGGUACCCUCUGAGCGAGCGCUACCCACGCGGGCUGGGUGGAAGCGCCAGCCUCCGGCGGCCCCCGCCGCCACCUCCCGCACUCGGUAAACCCCCCGAGCUCGGAAACACAAGGAGUUCAUUACUGAAACCGAGGCAGAACCAGAAAGAAAACUCUGGUGUUUUACCUUUUUGUGUUUCGGAAACAAAUUCUGUUCUUUGGAAACACCGUCUGUAUCUGGUGGGGGCAGAUAUUUUUGUUCGUGUGCAUAUGUGGGUGUGUGUACGUAGGUGUCCCGUGUCAGGGACGCACCACGGCCCCCGCGAUGCUGGAAACUGUCACUUCACAGCCCUCCCUGUGCCCCGCGCCCGCCGCGCCCACCGCCCACGAGGCCCCCACUGGCCCACCUCUGCAGUGCGUCCCAGCAGCUUUCCUCGGUGUCUGGUCGUGAGACCAUGACGCGUCCGACAGUUUACUCCGCACGCUGCUCGUCCAGAUCCACCCCUGCCGCCUCAGCCACGUCACCACCGCUGGGGGCCCAUCUUCGUUAAGGCACUUUAAAACCUCCCGUCCUGUCACUGCUUCUUGUUUCGUUUCAGGUCUUUUUUUUUUUUUUCUGCUGAUGUAAAUGAAAUUUAAAAAUCAGAGUUCUUUAUUGUGUGGAUGGAGUUUGAAUAAAUAUCAGCCCCUCUCGC